UUACUGCAGUUCACACCUUCAAGACAGGAGGGCAGAUAGUUCAAACCUACCAGUCAGGCCGGACUAGUAGCAAAAUAAACUGUGAGGUAAAUAAAAUCAUCCCUUAUAUAGAAUAUAUGACAAAUCCACUCACUGCACGCCUUUACACACGUGUAGGAAAUUAUGUAGUGGAACCUGAAUGUCAGAGGACAUGAUUUACUCUAUUAAUGUCAGUGAGAGGUGGAGGAGAGCCGGGACAAUGAGAGAGCAACGUCAGAGACAAGGAGUGGAAGGGUGCGAGACGGGACGACGUGCAGGGGAGGGAAGAGCCUCAGAGGGAGAGUCGAGUCUGAGGGACGAGUCUGAGGGACGAGUCUGAGGGACGAGUCUGAGGGACGAGUCUGAGGGACGAGUCUGAGGGACGAGUCUGAGGGACGAGUCUGAGGGACGAGUCUGAGGGACGAGGCAGCGGCGGUUUUAUAGCUGCAAGAUACGAGGAUCGCUUCAGGCUUUGGUUGGUUUUCCUGUGCGAGCCCGAGCUGAGCCGGAGGACCAGGUUUCCAGCGAACUGCACAGGUUCCCUCUUGGACCCCAUCCAAGCAAGUUCUCAAUAAGAGCCAAAAUGGAACUAAGUGUCAAGACCGGUGGCGAUGAGGAAACGCUUCGGCUUUGAGCCACAGACCGACUCGACUGAAGCCUGAGAUGGUGCGAUCGUCGGCGUGCUGCAGCCAGCGGUGAGGAUCAGGAGGGUGAAGAGGGGGCUGAUGGGAUGCGGGCGACGCAGGGGGCUUAGGCGCUGCUGCUGCUGAGGAGCUACAGGCUGCGGCCAUGUCCGACUUCCAAGACCCGAUGCGCGACAUCCUGCCCCUGAGCGCGUCCUCGCCGGAGUUCCUCCACUGCGAGAAGGAGCGCCGGGCCCUGGAGCAGCUCCUCGGCGCCGGGCCGGAGGCCUUCUACGGCGCCGUGGCCUCGGAGCGCUGCGGCUGCUUCCUGUCGCCGCAGGAGGUCAGACUCGUGAGCGACUGGGCUCAGGAGAGCGGCGAGGACCGCGGCGAGGACGGCGGCGAGGAGCCGGACGACCUCCAAUCCACCUACUUCCCCUGCCAGACGGACGGGCCGGCACCGAGCCUGGACCUUGGCUGGCCGGAGAGGAGCCCCUUGGCCGGGAACAACAGCGUCACAGUGCACAGCAGCCCCCCUGCUGAGGGGGAGCCUCCCGUCAGACAGAUCAUCAGAUGGCAUCUGCAGAAGGCUGCACUCGCGAUCGCCAUCGUGACCGACAGCCUGUCAGACGGCCUCGUCAUCGAGGAUCUGCACGCCGCCGCCUCCCGGGGCGUCCGCGUCUACAUCAUCCUGAACCCGAGGUCCGUUCAGGAGAGCUUCGCGCUCGACAAGCUCAAGCAUCCAAACAUGCGGGUCCGCAUUCUUGGAGGGAAAUGCUUUCGUUCACGGACGGGGAAAGCGGUGGUCGGGGAGAUGAAACAGAAGUUCCUGCUGCUGGACGUGGACACGGUGAUUCACGGCAGCUACAGCCUCACGUGGACAGAUGCUCAUCUACACCGGCAGCUGAUCACGGUCCUGCGCGGCCCAGUUGUGGACUGGUUCGACAGGGAGUUCAGGAUCCUCUACGCUGCUUCACUUCCUGCCUCGAGUGUGCGAUGGGCUGCGGGGGCCCACGUGGAGCGGGCCGAUCAGCUGACGGACCUCUCGGAGCUGAUGCUCAAACAACAACUCUGUGUGGAGCCUCAGAUUCCAGAUCCUCCGUCGCCGCCGGCCGACUCCUUCAUGGAUUGGGAGGCGAUGGGUGCUUUUCAGGUGUUCCAUGACGACGCUGAGCAACUGGACGAGCCGCUGUUUGAUGGAAACACACCCGUUUCUGAUGGUUCUGCUGAGAAUGGAAAUCAAUGUGAUAUGAAAAGGGACGAUAGAAACGCAUCCUCACUGACAAACCAUGCGCUGGAUUCAUCAACCUUCAGGGAUUUGAAUCAUUUUGAUAGCGACCCAGAGCCCUCGCCAACAGAGCCAGAACUCUCAGAACCAACAGAAAGGUGGUUAAAAAAAUUAGACAGAGCUAUUUCCAGAGAACUCAGUAAAGACACGAGCACCGACUUAGACCACAGGACAACAACAAGAAGAGUUGAUGAGCAAACACAGACACUGGACAGACUUUCUUCUUCCAUCCAGGAGGAGGAGGAGAGCAACGUGGAGGAAACUACCUCCAGAGUGGAGACAGCAGCUUCUAGAAAACCGUUAAUCCUGAGAGUGCCGGUGUCUGGCAGCUGCAGUUCGUGCAGUGAGGUCAUGAGGAACAUUCGCAUGUCAGGGCUGUUGGACACGGCACCAAAGUCCAAUUUGGCCCAAAUGAGCCAGUCCAUGAUGGACCUGAGCGCACCCAACACGGAGGUGAAUCACGAUAAGAAAGAAGCCCCACUGUCAAGUUCAAGCACCACACUCUUUAACCCAGCUCCAGUCACACCUGCUUCAGUCCUGAUGCGGAAUAGGAGCAAUGUAAAAAAACCUUCGCAGCAAAGCACUCCAAAGACCUAUCUCCCCAUAACGAGGUCUCGCAGCUUCAGCUUUUAUGUUGGCAUGAACCACAUGAAGCCACCAAUAAAAGAGGAGGGAGACAAUAAAAAUACCUGAUGCUCUGUGAAGACGGGAAGCUGCCAGCAGUGGAUAGUUCUGACCUCUGAAGUGUUAAUUAGCUUUGAAUAAACAAACUGUGACUCUGAAUAUAAAAGGUUCCAAUGAAGGAUGCAAACCAGAUUAGCACAUGUUACCAUGGAAGCCUGGCGAACACUCUGUUUCCCUGUAUUUUAAAUAUGGUGCAUUCUUUUAUAGUAUGUUUAUCUUUAUGUAUAUUAUAUAUUCAUUCAUGUAAAUGAAUAAAGCAACAACAUGGUGAAGUUGCUCCACAGCAAGAAAAAAAAGCCCAGGGGCCUUUCUAAGUGGUUGCAUGAUUUUUCUUGGGUGUUCUUGCCAAAGGACAGGCGCCACCACCUUCUUCUCCUGCAAUUUAAAUAAUGGAUGAAAAAUAUACUUUUAUUUAGGCUGCCUUUUUAACAAUAAAACGUUUGGUCACAAAGUCACAGUCAUGUACAUGUAUUUAAACUAUAUAACUGUCAGAAUAAAUUAUGAUAAAAGUGUGAUUAAAAGUUGAA